AUGGGCCCCUACAAUCAGCAGUCUGGGGGAAACCACUCAAAACGAAAUUAUUUGAAAGGAAACGGAACAACAUCGAGUACUUCUAGUUCAAGCUCUUAUGAUUAUCGUACAUAUCCAGCUAGCAAUGGGAUGGGCUAUUAUGACCAAGUCUACUCUAGUGGAGGUCAGGCUGCAGGUUCUAAUGGAGCAACAUCGUAUGCUCACUCCUAUUAUGGAAGUGAUAUAGGACCAGGCUACCAUGGUGGGCAAUCGUCAGCAGCCGCAUUUGAUAGUGGAGAUAUGUAUCUAAGAAGAAGACAAGGUAGAAUUAGACGGCAAGCUAUUCGAUUACCUGAUCAACCGGGACCAGUACGUCAAGUGAGGCAUCGUUUACCAACGCCAGAACCAGAUGUUUUAGAAAGGGUGUAUAUCCGUCGCCAACCAGGAGAACUAAUCGAAGAAAUAAUAGAAGAACCAAUGACUCCACCCCCUCGCGUACAAGAACGAACAGUAGUUGAAAGAUCAGGCCCACCACAAGUUGUCAGAAAAGUCAUCCGAGUACCUCCGCGAAGUAGUAGUUAUGUCGGCACUUAUAGUGGUGGUGCACAAGAAAUUUUAAAUAAUUAUGGAAGUUCAAGUGGUCUCAAUGGGCCGGUUGCUGGUAGUGGUGCAUAUGGAGCCGGAUAUGGAAGUACAGGAGCUGGCUAUGGUCAAUCAGGCGGCUAUCAUUCACAAGGCGGAAAUUUUUACGAUUCAGGAAGUGCAAUUGGUGGUCCUACUAGCAGUUUUAUUGAGCAAAGUGCAGCCGGUUAUGGUCAAACGGGAUACGAAAGAUAUCAGCAUGGGCCGCAAGCAUCACAAGGUGCAGCCUAUGGAUACAAUCCAGCAAACGCUAGAAGUGCGUACGGUGGGGCCACACAAAAUAUGUAUCCACCCCAGCCUCAAGUUCAGGCUCAUGGUGCUCCUGUUCUAAAUCAACAGCAGCAAGCACCUCAACAACAAUCAUCUAUACCACCAGCUUUUUGCUUUGAAACAGGAGGAGUUGCUCCCCAAACAGGAGCAGUUGGAGGCGUAGUUAGCGCCCCUGUUGCCCCAACCGGUUUCGGAGUUCAGCCAUCUUAUGGCGUUCAGUCUUACGGAGCUCAGCCCGUGUUAGGAAUGGGAAUGGGAGGCUACGGAGGAAAUCCUGGUGCGAUGACAGGAGCAAAUUACGGUGCGAUGACAGGAGCAAAUUACGGUGCGAUGACAGGAGCAAAUUACGGUCCGAUAACAGGAGCAAAUUACGGUCCGAUGACAGGAGCAAAUUACGGAGCUGGAAUGAUGACUGGAGGAGGCUACGGAGGAGUGCUAAGUUCGGUCGCAAGUUAUGCACCCGGCGGCUAUGGCAUGGGAGCUAGCGGAGGUUUAUCAGGCUAUGGUGCUUCAAUUAAUCCAUUUGGUUUUAGUCAAGAAAAUAUGGCUGGAAUUUGUAAUAUUGGUGGCUUGGGAGGUGGCUUAGGGUUUGGAGGAGGCUCACCAUUUGGAGGUGGUGCAGCAUUCGGAGGUGGCUCACCAUUUGGAGGUGGCAUGUCAUUUGGCGGUGGCUCACCAUUUGGAGGUGGUGCAGCAUUCGGAGGUGGCUCACCAUUUGGAGGUGGCAUGUCAUUUGGCGGUGGCUCACCAUUUGGAGGUGGCUUAUCAUUUGGAGGCGGCUCACCAUUUGGAGGUGGAUUUGGUGGUAUGGGAGGAAAUCAGUGUUGUAUUCCUGUUCCUCAGCCUUAUCCAGUUCCACAACCGUGCCCAGUACCUGUACCUGUACCAGUCGAACGAGUUGUACAAGUACCAGUACCAGUGCCUGUUCCUCAAGUUCAACAAUGUCCGGUCCCUGUUCCCGUUCCUCAGCCAUGCCCAGUGCCCGUACCCGUUCGGUGUAUUCCGGUACCAGUACCAUGUCCAGUACCGGUCCCUCAACCAUGUCCAGUACCGGUUCCACAACCAUGCCCUGUUCCUGUACCUGUCCCAGGUCCACCGCAAAUUAGAUGGUAUGUUCAUUUUAUCCGAAUUCCUCAACCUUGCCCUGUACCUGUUCCUGGUCCUCCACAAUGCAUUCCCGUCCCUCAGCCUUAUCCGGUCCCAUGUCAAAUGCCACAAAUGAAUCCUUGUGGUAUGUUUGGCGGAAUGGGAGGGGGCUUGAGUAAUUAUGGUAGCAUCGGUGGUUUAGGCGGCGGAUUUGGCGGUCUAGGAUCUAGUGGAAUGUUAGGAGGUGGUGGCUUAGGAAUGUAUGGCGGCGGUGGAUUCGGCGGCAAUCCCUGUGCUGGUCUCGGUGGCUUAGGCGGCGGUUUCGGUGGAUUCGGCGGCUUAGGCGGUGGAUUCGGCGGCGGUGGAUUCGGCGGCGGAGGAUGUGGCGGCAUUGGAGGGAUCGGUAAUUAUGGUGGUCUCGGUGGUGGGUUUGGUGGUUCUUGUUGCAAUAUUGGCGGCCUGGGUGGAGGCGGAUUAGGUGGUUUAGGAGGACUUGGUCUUGGUGGAUUAGGCAUACCUGCGAUUCCAAUUGGAUUCGGUAUCACUACAACAAUAAAUGAUUACGGAGUGGGCCCGAUAGGUCCAGGCCUGGGUGGAUAUGGUUAUCCUGGCGGUAUUGGAGGAAUCGGCUUGCAGGGUCAGCCACUUGGCUUUGGAUGGACAACAUCAUUAGAUGAACCAUAUUAUGGUGGUGCCCCGUACGCACGAGGUCUUGGUUAUUCACCCGUUGGUCCUGGAGGAUAUGGUGGUGGACUGUUAGGAGCAGGUGAGCGACGUCUUGGCAUCGGUCGAUAUGGUCAUGUAGGACCUUAUCCCUAUCCUGGUUCGGUAGGCUCAGGAAUUGAUCGAGGACUCGGUAUUGGUCCUUACGCUCCACCAGGCUCGGGUAUUAUCCGCCGUGCAUUAUAG